CGUUCUGCACAAAGGAGUUCCUGCCAGGCCUGCUACAGAGGAUCCGCUGCCGUUGCAUGAGGCUUCAUGAUGCAACUAGCCCUGGACGAAAUGAUAAAAUCCUCAGCUCUGUUCGCUUUUGUGUUUUUGACGAUAUCUUUGACAAGACAUUGUUAUGUUGCGAGCGGAGAAAUAGAGAUUCUUGGCUUCGGUGUUAGACCUGUGAACGAACCGAUGGGUGGACCAGGACCCAUGUCUGGUGUCAUGAAUGAACCCAUGACCAGAGGUAGGGAAUUUUCUGAGUUGAACGGUGAAAGCUCCUCUGGGGAUUCUGAAUUUCGAAUGUCCAGCAGUGGCGGUGGUGAUACCAGAAUUAUGGGAUUCCGAAGAGUGGGCCCACUCCUCAACGGUGGUGGUCCUCCAGGCAACAUGGGAAGCGGCAACGUUGGAGGCAGGUUGACCUCCAACAAUCUCAACGAUGGUGGAGGCGGAGGCGAAGGCGGAGGCGAAGGCGGAGGCGGAAAUGAUGGAGAUCGAAAUGCGUUACCUAGCCUCGGCCUAGGCCCGGGUGGUUCUCCGUUGGGCUUGGGCAACGUCAACUUUGAAGGUGGGGGUGACGGAGGUGGUUUCAGUGGCCUUGGCCUAGGCUCGGGUGGUUCAUUUGGAUCUGGUGGUCGCGGUUUUGAAGGUGGAAACGGUGGAGGUCCAUCAUCUAAUCUCGGUGCGGGCUUUGGUGGCUCAUCCUUCGGGUCAGGCGGAGGUAAUUUUGAAGGCUCCCUGGAGUCUAGCAACAUCAACCGUGAACCAGGUAGAGGCGGUGGAGGUGCGUCGCCGAACUUUGGCGCAGGCUUUGGUGGCUCAUCGUUCGGCUCAAGCGGCGGAAACUUUGAAGGAUAUGGCGGAUUAUCAAGGGGCCCACAAGGAGGUCCAGGGGGUGACGUCGAAGGGGAAGGGCCACCUUCGAAUGCACAACCCUCGGGUGGAUUCAGCAGAGCUGGUGGCAACUUUGGCGGUGGCGGUUUUGGCGGUGGUGGAGGUGGCUUCAGCGGAACCACUUCAGAUCGCGAUUAUGGUGGUUAUGGCGGUGCCACCAUGCCGUCGCGGGCACCACCAUCGCAAAGAACGCGAGAACCACAGCCAGAAACGUCAAGAGGCAGCAGCGAAGAAAACUCGGAAGAGGCAGGUCAGGGCGGACGAGGUGGAGGAGGUGGAGGAGAUAGUGGAGGUGCCUCGACAUCCCGGAGGAGAACCUCGCUCACGGACUUGAUCGACAUGAACGCCCUACGUGGUCUUCUUGGAGGUGGUCGCGGCACAGCCGGCAUGGCGGGAACCGGAUUGAGCCUGUUACAAGGAACCAGAACCGGCAGACGCGUUGGACGCUUCGGAAGACGCCUGACAAUACGUCUAGCUCGAAAUAGGGACUCCUUGGAAAGAAGACUAGGGCGCCGCAGUGAGAGAAAACGGCGGUCUGUUCCGGUCAAUUUGAAGUUGCCUGCAACCGUGCUUUCCAAAAGUAUCAUGGAUGAUGUUCCAGAUCACUUGAAGACGGUGCACUGCGGUCAUCACGAAGUGCCCAACCGUGGACACGACAGGGACCGCUUCUGUCAUCCGGAGGCCACUUGGAGGACAGUACUUCGCAUGCGCCCAGAUUGUGUCUGCGCGCCAGGAUACGUACGCAACUCAUGGGGCGACUGCAUAAGCUACGACCAGUGCUACCACUGCAUCGACAAGCACCACCUCAACAUGGACUACAACUUGUGCGAAUCGCAGUGCCCUCUCGUGUGCAACAAGCCCAUAAACACGAACUGCCCGGACACGUGCUACCAGGAGUGCGCCUGCAGACCGGGCUACAUUAGGGUGCAUCCCAACGGCGGCCCUUGCGUCAGCAUCAAGAAAUGCCUGCCGGGGUGUUCCGGACACAACCAGCACUUCACUCUCUGCGUCUCACCAUGUGCCGCGACCUGCGCGAACCCGUUACCAACGCAGUGUCCCAAGUUCUGCGCCGGCGAAGGAUGCGUCUGCAAGCCCGGCUACGUCAUCUUGCAGCACGAACCACUCGUGUGCGUUCGGCCGGAAGAAUGCCCAGGAUUCCGAAACAGGUGCCACGGAGAGAACCAAGUGUACACCCCAUGCAGGCCCCGUUGUCCGGAGACUUGUUGGGACAGACAGCCUCGGGUGUGCACGGCCGGUUGUGCUGGCACCGGUUGCGCCUGCAAGCCGGGAUUUGUUAUCCAGAAUGCCAGUCCGCUUGUCUGCGUCCACCGCGCACAGUGCACCGCGUUUAACCACACUUCCCAUUUGGUGCACACCAAGACGCCGUAAGCGUGACUUCCUGCUGUGGUGCGAUGGCGAUUUCACAAAGGCCUAGGUUUCGUUGCAAUGAAAAGACGCAAGUAAACGAAUUUCUUCGGCCUACUGUGUUCGAAGCCUCAAUACCUGUCCUAUUUUGGAGCAAUAGGUUGAAGCCCGUCAACCCUCCGAGCAGGUUUCCGUUGACAAUGCAAAUAUCCAAAAAUAUUUGCGAAAUGCUUUUGUGUAUGAAUGAGGAAAUCGCGUAUGCUGAAGGCUCAUGCGUCCGGAAGAAUAAAGGUCUAUAUAAACUGC